AUGAAAUUCAAUCUUUUCUUACUCUUCUUAACCAUCUUUGCUAUUGUUGCAUUCUCAUAUCCAAGCAAUAAUGGUCCGAAUCAUAAUAUGAUGAAACGCCAAAACUCAACAAACCCAAAUUGCGAUCCCAAUGCUUGUUGUAAUCCUGGUGAUGCACAAUGCUUUGCGGAAUGUAAUUUACCUAGCUGCGCUUGUGAUCCAACUUCUUGCUGUCAACCCAAUGAUAAUGAAUGUGCUAAGCUAU